AAUAGGUAGGUGGACGUGGAUGAAGAGGCUGGUGUCUGCGCUCAAGUCGACACUUCUUCCACCGCCACGGUCGCUGGACGGACGUCGCAGGACAUCGACGUAACCAUGUGGGUUGUCCUUGUGCUCUGUGUCCUGGUCGCCUUCGUUUAUCUCGACACCAGGAAGCCGCCUGGCUAUCCUCCAGGCCCUCGCUGGCUGCCCGUGGUGGGCAACUGCCUGCAGCUGCGGCGGGAGCUGGCGCACCGCGGCUACCACCACCUGGUGUGGGCGCACCUGGCCGCGCGCCACGGGCCCCUGGUGGGCCUGAGGCUGGGGCGGGACCGCGUGGUGCUGGCGUCGGGCCGCCGCGCCGUGCUCCAGGUGCUCUCCCGCGAGGAGUUCGACGGCCGCCCCGACGGCUUCUUCUUCCGGCUGCGCACCUUCGGCCGGAGACUCGGGGUGGUGUUCACGGACGGGCCGCUGUGGCGCGAGCAGCGCAGGUUCUCGCUGAGGCAGCUGCGCGACCUGGGGCUGGGCAGGACCGCCAUGGAGGAACAGCUGCGGCGGGAGGCGCGCGAGAUGGUGGCGCGGCUAAGAGCGUGCAGCGACACCGGCGAGCCGGUGCUCAUGCACGAUGCUUUCGACGCGAGCGUUCUGAACGCUCUGUGGGCGCUGCUGGCCGGGAGGCGAUUCAACCUGGACGACGAGCGCCUGCGCGGACUGCUCGACUCCGUGCACGCCAGCUUCCGUGUGCUGGACAUGUCCGGCGGCCUGCUCAACCAGAUGCCCUUCCUCCGCUGGCUGGCUCCGGAGCGCAGCGGCUACUCGCACCUCGUGCGAGUCCUGUGUCGCAUGUGGGACUUCCUCGGGGAAACUGUUUCCGAGCAUCGAUCAAGCUUGAGCCUCGACUAUUCUAGAGAUCUGAUCGACUCAUUCUUGCAAGAAAUGGAGCGCACAAAGUCGCAGCCCAACUGCACAUUCACUGAGGAGCAGCUGCUGUCGCUGUGCCUGGACCUGUUCAUGGCUGGCUCGGAGACGACCAGCAACACGCUGGGCUUCGCCGCCCUGUACAUGGUGCUGCACCCCGGCGUGCAGGCCAGGGCUCAGGCCGAGCUGGACGCGGUGGUCGGCCGCGGCGACCAGCCAGCGCUGCACCAUCGCCCCAGGCUGUGCUACGUGGAGGCCGUGCUGAUGGAGGUGCAGCGCCACAGCGGCGUGGUGCCCGUGGCUGUGGCGCACAGAGCCUUGAAGACCACCGAGCUCAUGGGCCACACCAUCCCCGAGGGGACGACCCUGCUGGUGAGCCUGCACAGCAUCCACAUGGACCGCGACCACUGGGGCGACCCGGAGAUCUUCAGGCCCGAGAGGUUCAUCUCCGCCGACAACGAGCUGGUGCAAGACGACUGGUUCAUGCCGUUUGGACUUGGCAAGAGGCGAUGCCUCGGGGAAGCCCUCGCCCGGACCAGUCUCUUCGUGUUCUUCACGACCCUUCUUCACAACUUCACGCUGUCUCAGCCCCCGGGACUGCCUCCCCCCUCCACCCAAGGCUACGACGGCGUCACGAUAUCCCCGCGCCCGUUCGCGGCCCUGCUCACGCCCAGGAACUAACCUCAACGCGUUCGACUCGUGAAAACCUUCUUUUCACAGACGGAAGAGAGCCAAACGUGCAAUCGUGCAUCUUCGGUUUUUUUUUUUUUUGACGUGACAACGUCUAAUAAAACGAUGAACGCCGGCUGCACGCACGAAAAAGUGUCCCGUUACGCACAUUGUCCCGUUACGCUCAUUGUACGCUUGCGCCGCAUAUAUCUCUCUUCCACUCGAUUGGAACAACCAUCGAUUUGACUUUUUCCGAGGCACAUUAAACUUGAAACACUCCCAUUUCGUUUCCUACUUUUCCCAUCAUCGUCCUAUCCUUAA